AUGGCACAGAAGUAUCUGGACAUGAUGGAACAGGAAAAGGCUAGGACCUUUCAAGAUUUCGAGGAUGAAUGGGUUGCGCUUGGAGAAGAGCUCUGUGUUCAUGUCUUUCAACCAGGCUAUAUAUCCUUUAAAAUGUUUAAUGAUAGGAAAGUUAAAAAUUCCAAAGAAGAGGAAAAUGCCACUAGCCAACCCCCUCUCUCUCGAAAAAGAAAAUUAACAGAGUCGUCGGACUCAUACAUUUUAAGCCAAAGACUAAAGCAACAUAAGAGAACGGAUAAGGAAAAUAUCAUCAUCACCAAUAUAAGAAAAGAGGACCCUAUGAAGUUUGAAAAGUUGGAAGAAAGAAUACGGGGGAAUGGAACCCCUGGAUAUUUGGAAACUUCUAGGGGUUUUAAAACCACUACGGCAAUUGUUGGGUACCCCUCUCAGUCACCACCAGAAUGCAACACAGGAUUUAAUACCGCCGCAGCAACAACUACUAAGUCUCGGUCGCCUCACGGGUGCCCCCCCCCCCCCCCCCAGUCGCCUGAAUAUAAGACUGUGAAUUUUGCACGUUUAGCCUGUGGUGUCAAUCCCCUUCAAAGGGAAUUAGAUGCUUUAAACGAGUUGAUUGACUCUAUGAGAGUUGACCUUUUGCAAACAUCAAUGCUCAUCGACUAUGUUAAAGAUUUUUUAAAGAAUUAUGAAUUUUAA